GACUCUUUCAUUUACCUCUGCUUGUUACGAUCGCUUCUUCGGCAAAAGACAUGCGUACUACACAAUAAGGUAGCACACAAGUAUUUCGCAAGUAUCGACGGACAAGUUUUGACGUUUUUGUUUUCUGUCGCGCCAAUAUUAUUCGUGUUCACGGGCAUCGAUGGCUUUUGCGCAGCCAAAAGCCACUCCUGAGUACAAUAAGAAGCGCAAGGUCGACACAGGCGACUUGAACCCUUGGCCUUGGAAUGGCUGGUCAUACCUGGAAUUCAAAAAACACUUUCCGGAGGCAGAAAGGACGGCGAUGAUAAGAGCCAGAGAAAAACAAGGGGAGAAAGCAGUGUCUACAUUCAGAUACGCGCCUUUGCCUCAGUUGCGUCGUAUAAUUCGUCUCAUUGAGAUUUAUCCAGACAGAUCUCCCAAUGGGUUGAUCCGGUGUCGGAUGCGGCGUAUGCUUAUCUGCGAGGGAAGCCAACCGUAUACUUGCCUUUCAUAUACUUGGGGUUCUCCCACGGAGGAGCCACGCAACAGCAUUGUUAUCGAAGAACCGGAGUUUCAACGCAUUGGCGUUUUUACGAUACGCCAGAACCUAUAUGAGUUCCUCGAGGCAAGUGUAAUGCAAAUUUCUCUGGUCUAUAGUGGCAGCUUCACCAUGUAAGCGACCGCAGCGGCCAAACAAGACUGCCUCUACCCCCUUAGAAUAACAGAUGCAACGCGUUUGCUGAUUUUCUUUUAUCCUUGCGUAGGUAG